AUGAAGCGUCGGAAGCAGGGUGAAGGCCAGAGGGAAGGCUCCUGCGUGGCCGAGGAUGACUUGGUGGACUGCACCCGUUUUGAAGAGUAUGAGUGGUGUGGGCAGAAGAGGAUACGCGCCACCACCCUUCUGGAGGGAGGCUUCCGAGGCUCUGGCUUCAUCGUGUGCAAUGGCAAGGAGAAUCCGGACAGUGAUGCUGACCUGGAUGUGGAUGGCGAUGACACCCUGGAAUACGGGAGACCCCAAUACACUGAGGCCGACAUCAUCCCAUGCACUGGUGAGGAGCCGGGUGAAGCCCUAGGGCGAGAGGCCCUCCGGGGAGCUGUACUAAAUGGCGGCACACCCAGCACACGGAUAACGCCAGAGUUCUCUAAAUGGGCCAGUGAUGAGAUGCCCUCCACGAGUAAUGGUGAGAGCAGUAAGCAGGAGGUGGCCAUGCAGAAGACAGGCAAGAAAAGCGACAUUGAAAAGAGCACAGAGGACUCAUCUGUGACCACUUUUGAAGCCCUGAAGGCCCGUAUGCUGGAGCUAGAGCGGCAGCUGUCCCGUGGGGAUCCAUACAAAUGUCUUGUCUGCAUGGACUGCUACACGAUGCCUCUGACGUCCAUCCAGUGCUGGCACGUGCACUGUGAGGAGUGUUGGUUCCGGACUCUGGGAGCCAAGAAGCUGUGCCCCCAGUGUAACACCAUCACAGCCCCCGGGGACCUGCGGCGCAUCUACUUGUGA